CCGGCAUUUUUUUUUUUCUGUUUUUCCAUUUUUGAGAGCCAUCAUGGUCGAUCCAGCUGCACCGGUCGUGGAAGAAGAAGAAGAAGAUCCUUACAAUGCCCGGAUCGAGCGUACUGGAUGUGCGCAGGAAAGCGAAGAUCUGCAAAUCUGCUUCUUCGACAAGAAAGACUGGCGAUUAUGCAAAGACGAAAUGUUAAAGUUUCGAGCUUGUUUUCAAGCCAAUGCCAACAAUGCCGGCAGCAAAGAACUGAUCGAGUCGCAAAAAGCUCACAUGAAGCAAUAAAUAUCAUCGAACUAGGCAUGACUAAUUCAACCUUUAUCCGAGAAUCCCUAUAAUAACAUACACUGUCAUUUAUUGCUGGAGAACUAGCCAGAGUUAUAAAAAAAAUAUGCAAGUGGACCUUGUGGAAAUAGAAUGUAAAAUACUCAUAUGCGUCUCUUUUUCUUGUCUCCAAUUCAUAAAAAGCCAGUAUCUAUCUAAUUGUCAAGCUGCAGCCAAAACAGACGACUUUUUGUUGAGAUGCCCGGAUCGUGGUUGGCCAUAACUAAAGGGCAGGGUUGGGGGUUUGGGGGAGAGAAAUAAAGAGUAC